CCUCUCUCCGAGUUGCAUGCACCGGCGAUAUGGAGAGAGCCCCUUUUCUCUUCUGCAUUUACCUUUCCUCCUCCUUUCGCUCUGAGACAAUCCUGUACACGCUUCGUUCGGCCGAUCGCUCUCUCCCUCCUCUCCGCACUGCUGCGCCCUCUCCUCGACUCCUCGUCCCCUCGUCUCGCCUGCUUCGUCUUUCCCGCGUCACGGUCUAUUGCGAUGGGACUCCUUUGCUCGAUGGGCGCCCCUGGUUGAGUCUGGUUUGUUUGCCAUUGUUGACUGCGUCAAACCAUGGAUCCUUCUGUCCUUACCAAUGAGUUCAGGCUGUUCUUCUCGUUUGUCCUCCUGCGUAGCUUGCGUCUUCUCCUUCUAGCUCAGGUUGUACAUCUUGUCUGUUGCUCCAUCUCCUCUCCGUUCUGCUCGUUGUUGCAUUUGCGUUCUGCUCAUCAAGGCAUCCUCCAAAGCAAUUUCACGAGAUCAGCAGUCAGUUCUCGACAAAUCGCUAUAAGAUAUGAAAGAGACAAGCGACAGAAGAAUCCAAUGGAAGAAUUUGGUGAAGAACAAGGAAAGGGAAAGGAGGCCACACUGAUGCUUUUCAGGUAAAUGCUUCUUCAUAUUUUUCUUCUAUUGGUGCGUUGGGAUUCAUAUGUGUCAUCAGGUUUACUUGCUCAAGUCUCGCAUCUCCCACUUAUUGAACACCAUGCCCAUGCAUAUCACAAUCUCUUUUGUUCCAAGAUUUUCCUUUGGCUGUAACUCUUCCAAUUUAACUUGAUUAUCCAAUAUAUACUGCUCUUUGGAUCCAUGGGAUCCGUCAGGCAAACUGUCCCUUACAUCUUUAUUUGGUUUUUCUUUGGGUUUCUUGGCGGAGUGGCUAGAUUUGGAGUGAGAAUCGUUUUUCCUCUCUUUAACUCCAGCAGAGAAAACGAGCACCCUUGUCAACACCCAGAAGAUCAGAAGAUGUUGGAACAUUCUUCUUUUGUUCCCUGUGAAUUCUUUUGGCCUCAAUCUUGUGUUAUUUUUCACAUUUGUAUCACAAAGUGAAGUCUCUUUGCUAAUAACGUUGUCCAUGCUCCUGCAAACAACAUGGGCUUAUUCAUCUAUAAGUGUGUUUUCUUUUAAGUUAACUAUAGAAGCAUUGCUUUUAUUCUCAGGUUUUAUUUUUCUUCCAUGUUUCCUAUCCAACAGAAAAUCUGUGUCACUGGUUGUAACAUUUGUUCUAAAGUCAACGCUGUCUUUUCUGUCACAGAUUUACUGGUUUUUCUAUUUUCAGUCCUAUGGCAUGUCUUUCUGUAGCGAGCGUCUUUUACGCUUGGCUACCAAACCUAUCAAUUAGCAUGCCUAUUACUCUGCAUUGUAUAACCUUUAUUAUAACUGUAAAGAAUACACUUUGAGGAUAAUCUGCCAAUCCUUCUGUCUUUAAUAUAAAAUAAUUAGGCAAUUCUAAAUUGUCUUAAAUUUUCCUGAACUUAAAAAUGGACUGAUCUACCUGCUGUCUGUGCUACUAAACAUAAAUCUAAAAAACUUUUACUUCCAUUCUGUUGGUACUUUCCAUAAUGGACUGGGUUUCUGUUCACACACAUGUACUGCUGCACUAUCCUAUACAUGUUGUGAUUCACUUUUAUCCUCUCUAUUCUAAUUCAGUAGCUUGCUCAUUGUUUUUGUUUGUUCACUUAUUUGUGUUGCCUCACACAUUAUGAGUUGCAAGUAUGGGUGGCAUCUGCAACCAUGCUAUUAUAUUUAUUACUUUUCUAAACUGAAGUGUUCCUAACAAUUACAUAUGAGAGUACAUAUAAUUGAGUUGUGCUGACUUGCUUUUCUAAACUGAUAAGCUGGAGACAGAGUUACAUAUGAGAGUUGAGAUAAUUAAGUCGUGCUCCUGCCUUACUUUUCUGAACUGAAGUGUUCCUAGGAUUGCCUUCUUUAAUUGCAUCUAACUAUUAGCUGCCUGAUAAGAGUAGAGAUAAAUGCCUUUUCCUCUUAAAUUUAUAUGUAUGUCGGUGGCGUUGUUUUUAUUGUGUUGAUGUCGGUCUAUGUAGGUUAUUAAAUCGUCUCCUUGUUUAUGCUUUGUUGUGCAUGUGAUUCUAUAUACUUGACUACUUUGUGACAUGAAUUUGCAUAGUCAUAUACAUCUUGUUCCAGGAAGUGAGCUGGAUUAUCAAUAUGCUUGGAGCCCUAUUUCCAAUCACUCUCAAAUCGCCUCUUGUUUUGUAAAUUGCUUUGUAUGUUUACUGGUUUUGACAUAGGCUUAGGGUGGACUUUAUAGGAGCAUCAAGUUGGUGAAUGUGAUGCUAUAUGACCGGGUUCUCCAUUCCUAUUUUUACGCAUUUGUUCAUCCUCAAA